AUUGACCAGAAAAUCGAACAAUCAGCAACAGUCGUUUCGCUGCCAGUGAAGAACUUGAAGAAACAAUCGAGUAGAUGUAGAGAUGCGGAAAACGCCUUGAACGUAUUCAUCUUCUCGAUCUGAACGCAAGCAGAAUGGUUUCACCACCGACAACCACGCCGCCUCUGCGGAAAGCGAGCUCAUGGCGCAUCAUGCAAAUAAUCAUAUACCUCACCGCUGUAGCCUUCUCCAUCGGCACUCUGGUCGGAUACAAGGGAUUAAAUAGUCUUUUCAAACAGGAUAUGCACAUGUGUAUAUUAUAUGCCACCCCUCAAGUCACAGCCAAAGAGACACCGAAGGAUUGCGAAGUGUCGCUAGAAAAAUCGAACAACGAUAACACCUGUAAUUUUGUCUACUUCUACGUCAUCUCCUCCGUUGUGUACGCCAUCAUCGGAUGCUGGUUCUUCAUCGCUUGCACAUCAGACGCCAAAACGCGUCCGGAUGAAACAGUUAUUCAGUCGUGGAAGCUCGUAGUUCCGGCGAUUUUCUUCACGCUCAUCUUGACAUUCGUUUCGGUGAUUUGCAGCUCCCUCCUCAGUGGCGGCGUUGCGGAAUUCACAAAAUCCUUCAGUUUACAGUCGUCCGUGAACGAGUGUCAACAGUUCAAGCUUUUUCGGCCGGAGAACGCGACAAUGUUCAUGAAUGAAGUGCAUCUCUAUCGCACGGUGGCGGAACUGUUCACCUGGUUGAGCACAGCCGUGUGGCUACUCGCCGUUAUAAUCCUCACCUGCCGAUGCUGUCUGGCAGCCGAUUUCAUCACAACACAGUCGGAGGUAAACAGCGUCUUGAGAAAGAUGUCCACUUUCGUAGAGAAAAUUCGCAAGCCCUCUGCUUCAGCCCCCGACUCCAAGAGCCCCCGACCAAAGAAACAGCAAGACCUCCGUUCCCCCGGACGGAUCAAACACCAAACCUCUCCUGUUUGA